AUGUCCUACGCCUUUGCAAGCCGCGUACCUCUAACCGAUCGCCCCUUCAAGUGUGACCAGUGUGUGCAAAGCUUCAACCGCAACCACGAUUUGAAGCGUCACAAAAGAAUUCACUUGGCUGUCAAGCCAUUCAACUGUGAUACAUGUGGCAAGACCUUCUCUCGCAAGGACGCCCUCCGCCGCCACUGGAUGGUCCGGGGAUGC